GAGCCAUGUUAUGUAAAUGAUCCCUUCUCCUGCCUUAAAAAUAUUUGUUCACGUAUGCUCUGCAACUCACCUACCACUUCAAUACCCAAGUUGGUAAUUGUAGUGAGUUCCCUGGCUGUAUCUUCUCUAUUGGAAGCUCAUAACCAGUGGGAAAAAUGACUUAAUUACUUCUUUAUUUGGUGAAGUGGGUCUUCUUUCUAGUAUUGCUGAAGCUGUCCAUUUCUGCCAACUAAAGUUUGUAAAUACAGAGAGUACUUUCCAGGAGACGAAAGGAAUGGGUGGUGGAGAUGCCCAACACACCGCAAUUAGAGACAUGAGCUUUGUCCAAAGCCUUCUCAGACACCUUGUCGCUUUGAAAGGCUGGGAUUAUGGUGUCUUUUGGAAAUUAGCCGAAGACCAAAGGUUUAUCGACUUGAUGUGUUGUUGUUGCGGUGGAACACAGAACACACAAAAUGGAGGAGAAGAGCUUCUCUUUCAUGUCUCUCCUAUCCUUUCUUGCAGGGAUUACAUGUUUCAACACCCUAGAACCAAAGCUUGCGAUCUUCUUGUUCAGUUGCCUUCUUCCUUGCCUUUAGACCCUGGAAUUUAUGCAGACACCUUACUAUCGAACCAACCCAAAUGGAUGAACGUUUCAAACAGUUCCAGUUCCAUUUCAACUGCUUCUGACGGAAAGAUGUGGACAAGGAUUUUGAUACCAGUGACUGGUGGAUUAAUAGAGCUGUUCGUUGCAGAACAAUUACCUGAGGAUCAAGAAUUCAUAGAUUUCGUAAUGGCUCAGUGCAACUUUCCAUGGGAGCAGACACCAAUGCUUGAUGGAGAGCUCCGUGACCCUUCCAUGGCCGAUGAUGGUGGCUUUAUUGAUCAUCAAUCAUCGAAACUAUUUCAUACCAAUGGGUUCUCUCAAAGGGACUCCAUCAACCAUUUCCCUCCAUUGGUUUCCCCUACAGGGAUGACUGAUAAUUUGAAUUUACCAUGGGAACUCCCUUCGGAACAGAUUCGCCUUUGUAGUUCUCCGAUGAGCUUCUUUGGUGGAGGAUCAGGGCGACAAUAUCCUCCACCUUCUGAUAACAGACCCUGCCGGGAUGAUAUCUUCUUUGAAGGUUCCAUGGAAAAUGGGUUUCAAGAUAUUAAUGUUGCUCUACAACAGUCCUUAGGGACCAGUGCUACUGACUCACAACCACCAAUUCCAGAUAAGGAUUCGAUCGAACCUGAGACAGGUCAUGCGAAUUCGGUCUCAGAUUGUAGUGAUCAGAUAGAAGAAGGUGAUGAGCAGAAGGGGAGACGUCACCAAUCCAAAAACCUGGACGCUGAGAGGAAGAGGAGAAAGAAGCUCAAUGAUAGGCUCUAUUCUCUGCGUGCUCUGGUGCCGAAGAUCAGCAAGAUGGAUAGAGCAUCAAUUCUGGGAGAUGCAAUUGAAUUCGUAAAAGAGUUGCAGAAAAAAGUGAAGGAUCUUCAAGAUGAGCUCGAAGAGCCAAUGGACGAAUAUGGUAACAACAAUUUAGAGACAUCUCAUCAAAAUGGUCCAAAACAUGAACUCGAUGAGUCCAUGAACAAAUCCACAUUGGGGAUGAUUGAUCAUGGAACCCGAUGUUCCUCUUCUGUGAUGAUGAAUGACUCUGUAAUCACAGAUGACAAAGCACCAAAAAUGGAGCCACUUGUAGAAGUGACCCAUAUAGGUGCAAAAGAGUUCUUCCUUAGGGUCUUCUGCGAGCAAAAGCCAGGUGGGUUUGUGAAGUUGAUGGAGGCCAUGAAUGCUAUGGGCUUAGAAGUGAUGAACGUCAACGUUAUCACCUUUAGAAAACUGGUCUUGAACAUCUUCAAAGUGGAGAAGAGGGAUGAUGAGAUGGUGCAAGCAGAGCAUGUCAGAGAGUCGCUACUGGAGAUAACUCGUAACCCAAUUGGAGAUUGGCCGGAGAAAGCGUAGCAGCAUCAGAGAAAGGUGGCGCUGUGGAGAAUCACAACCACCACCAUCACCACCACCACCACCAGAGACGAAGGUGGCGCUGUGACUUUUAUUUUGUUUUCCCAACCACGCUUCCUAAAUUCUUAUAGUAGAGACGUUAAAGAGCCAGAGGGUUUUGGCUUGAAGCGGUGUACGUGUACUAGUUUAGGUACGAGAAUGAGAGUUUCCUUACUUUCUA